CAUAGAGAACAUCAGACGACGAAGAAGAUCUAGGAAUCAGACGGUCUGGUCGCUCGAGAAAAAACGUCGACUACACUUUUAAAGAAUUCGAGGACGAUAUCACAUCGGCCGUCGAGAACGACAAAAAGAGAUUCAAAGGAGAGGAAGUUAAUGGAGAGGAAAAACAUUUGCUGUUCUCCAAACCGGCUUACGAGUCCGGAAACCUAGAGCGGUUACAUCAGCGGAACACCCGGAGAUCUCGUCGACUGAUGGAUCUUGAUUACGAAAGCGGCUCGGAGUCUCCGACGAGCGGAUACGAGUACGAAGGCAACUCGGAUGAGGAUGUUCGGAGGAAAUCCGAGGCGCUUACUGGGCUUCGAAGGACUCGAAGGAUUAUUGAUGAAGACGAUGAUGAUAAUGAUAGCAAAGACGGAGAGGAUUCAACGAGAACCGAAGGUAAGAAAGGAAAUGAACGUGACAAUGAGGAUAGUUCAAAGGAGAAAGCUGUAACUUCAGAAUCGAAAGGAAAUCGAAAGGACGAUAAGAAGUCGGACAAUGAGCGACUAAAGACGAGUGUAAACGGAGGGGAGGCCGUAAAAACAAACGUUGCGAGCUCAGGGAGCGAAGCAGAAGUUGGAGCUGUUAAUAUUCCACCUGCUCACGCGCUCCAUGGCAACAAGAUCCAUCCACACUCGAGGAUUGCAUCUGUGGCGCCAGUUGCUCGUACCCAGCCUUUGGCCGACAUCAGCAAACACAGGAAUCCCUCCGGCUACCCUCCUGAAGGCAUAUUUCCCAACCCACCAAACUUUGAAAUGUUUAAGCCACAGUUCCCUACAAAACAGGCCCCAAAUUAUGUUGGCCCCAAUUUCGGAAACGUCAAUUUAGGAACGUCAACCCUCACUGGAAAUAACUUUGCAGGAAACGGCUCGGGAACCAGAAAUAUUUCUCCCAGUAAUGUACAAGGGAUGUCUCCGGGCGGGCCCGCUUUUCCAGGGGCCCAGGGAGUUGGAGCUCCAAAUAUAAGGACAAAUUUGGGUGGACCUAAUAUGUCGGGUCCCAAUCCAACGGCACCUGGUUAUUCAAGUUCAAACGUGAACUACCCUGGAACAAAUUUAAGAGGGCAGAAUAUGUCCGGGACAAAUUUCGGAGAGACUUACGCAGGUGGACUCAACAACGUAGGUACUGCUAUAGGUGCCAACUUCGGAGGGCCAAAUUUUGGUGGAAGUAACACAACAGCAAAUGGCGUCGGCGGAGGUUUUGGUGCCCUGAAAAGUCCAACGCAGAAUAUCGCGGGCUCGUUUUGGACAGGCCAGAACAACUUUAAUAACAUGUACAACUAUUCUACACCUGGAGGGACGCCAUCUCCCGUCAGUAGUCCCCCAGGUAACCAGACUUUACCGCCACCCUACCCCGCUGCGGCCAGGUUUACGAAUUCAAGUCAGUAUGGUAACUAUAAUCAACAAUUUCAAGGGAAUUCUAACUUGCAGAACAAUUAUGUUGUACCACAACAGAGUGGAAAUUUCUCGGAUUCUAAGUUUUUUCCUGCUACCCCUCAACAGCCACCUCCCCCUUAUCCCUCGGGUAAUUCGCUGAAUGCAAACUUCUACGGGAAUAGAACACAGGAAGGUAACGUUACGGGAAACCAGUGGACGUAUCCCGAGGGUUACGGGUAUUAUCCCGGUCAAGGCAAUGCAGCGGGACAGAGCUUUUAAGAUCAUACCAACACCAUCUGUUUAGAGAGGUCGCAUGCAAUUGAAUUGGGGUGUCACAAUUUGAUAACAUGCCCUUGUGAGAAAUGCGAAAAUUUUAUCGUAGCAUCCAUUCAUAAUGCAGCACGAAGGGUCUAAACCAAGGAAUAACCAAUCUAUCCAUUCAAUCCCCUUUGAAUUAAAACAUUUUAUACUGGUCCAGUUUAAAAGUCGCUAUUCAAGCAACCACAUAGGCAGGUUUACCGGUGUGAAUGGACAACUAUAGUUCUUAGCAUGUAAUUGUUUUGUUCACGUUAAGAAAACUAGAAACAGGUUUGAAGAGGGACAAUUCACCGAAAGUAAAAUGAUGGUGGCGUUAAUUUUCCUUCAAUGCCCUUCGAGGAAUUUUUUGGCCAUUUGAAGAUUGCCUGUUAGCUCAUUGAGACUACCGUUUUGUUACGAACUUUUCCCUCGGACCGUGCUAUAUUUAACCUUCGAUAUGCUAGGUGUGAAGUCUUAGGCACUUUUCUGUGCAAUUAUGUCGGGGAAUGUUGGAGUUUUUGUGCGCAAAAAAGGGUUAUUGAUAAGCUUUUUACUCUGCUUGUUUCUUCGGUUCGGUGGUCGUCUUUUUUUAAAGGCAGAAAUUUGAAAGUUUUGGGAAUUCCAGGGGGUUGUUGAUCAGAAUGAUAAGAAACGCAAAUACAUACGCAUCAGAGAAGUUUCAGUUUAUUUGUUGAAACGUUACAAGUUAACGUUAUUUUUCUUAUUUAAGGGGGCUGGGCUAUUUUGAUGAAUUUGUCACGCAAGGUUAUACAAAGUGACAGUUAUGGUUAGCAAAGAUAAUUUUGUCACGCAGGGCUGUGCAAGCCUGAGCGAUAAAUGAAACUGAUAUAGCUGGCCAUAGUGUAGGCAAAGUGAUCUUUUUCAAGUGUUUUUACAUGCCAAAAUAUGUAUCAUAUCUCCCAUUUUUAUCCAUUUAAAACAAUCGGAAAACCAUUAUAUUCUAAAAACAGCUUUCCCUAAAGUAUGGGUUUUGUUGGAAAUGG